AUAACAAAGACAACGUUUCCUCUCUCUCUCUCCUCGUGUGUGUGUCUGUAUCUCUCUCUCUCUCUUCUCUUUCUGUUCUUUUCUCUCUUUGCAUCCACACACGAGAACAGAAAAGAAGAGAAAAAGAGGUGACACAACAACACAACACAACACAACACAACACCACACACCAUACCCACCAUACAGGAAAGAACAGAAAACCAAACUAAGGUUGCGUCUCCUCUUAUCAAGCAAAUAGUGCUCAAAGUAAUUUUGAAUCAGAAAAAUACAAGAAGUGUGGGUAGCAAUGCACUAUGAAAGCAACAGUUGGAUAUGGGAAGGGGUAUACUACUACCCACACCUAUUUGGUGGUUUGAUGCUCACAGCAGCCUUACUUGGCUUGUCCACCAGCUAUUUUACUGGUCUUGGUGUCCCACACUUGCCCUUUUUGUGGUCCGAUUUCGGGAUUUUCCCCAAGAAGAAAAAUGGGAAGAAGCGCAUUCGGGUUUACAUGGAUGGGUGCUUUGAUCUCAUGCAUUACGGCCACGCCAAUGCAUUGAGGCAAGCCAAGGCUUUGGGGGAUGAGUUGGUGGUGGGUGUUGUGAGUGAUGAGGAGAUCGUUGCCAAUAAGGGUCCACCUGUUUUAUCAAUGGAAGAAAGGUUGGCCCUUGUUAGUGGUUUGAAAUGGGUGGAUGAAGUAAUAACUAAUGCUCCUUAUGAGAUUACAGAGAAAUUUAUGGACACUCUCUUUAAUGAGCAUAAUAUUGACUACAUUAUACAUGGUGAUGAUCCUUGCCUGCUUCCCGAUGGAACUGAUGCUUAUGCCUUGGCAAAGAAAGCUGGCCGCUACAAGCAGAUUAAACGCACUGAAGGUGUAUCUAGCACAGACAUUGUAGGUAGAAUACUCUCAUACGUGAGGGUUCCAGAAGUUUCUCAGGAUCAUAAUGGUUCUUUGUGUGGAGAACCUCAUAAAGAAAGUCAAUCUAAGGGUGCCCAUGUAUCACAAUUUCUACCGACUUCCCGACGGAUUGUGCAGUUCUCAAAUGGCAAGGGACCUGCACCAAAUGCUCGUGUUGUGUACAUUGAUGGGGCAUUUGAUCUCUUUCAUGCUGGGCAUGUUGAGAUCCUCAAGAGUGCUAGGCAGCUUGGAGAUUUUCUAUUGGUUGGUAUUCACACGGACCAGAUUGUGAGUGAACACAGGGGGAAUCCGCAUCCAAUUAUGCAUUUACAUGAGCGUAGUCUUAGUGUGCUGGCUUGCCGUUAUGUUGAUGAAGUUAUCAUUGGUGCACCAUGGGAAGUUACAACUGACAUGAUUACAACUUUCAAUAUCUCAUUGGUUGUGCGUGGAACAGUGGCUGAGAGUAACCCCUUGCUGACUGGUGAAAAUGAUCCAUACAAGGUUCCCAAGAGCAUGGGAAUUUUCCGGUUGCUUGAAAGCCCCAAAUACAUAACCACUAGCUCAGUAGCCCAAAGGAUAAUGGCCAAUCAUGAGGCUUACUUGAAACGCAAUGCAAAGAAGGCUGAGAGUGAGAAGAAAUACUAUGCUCAGAAAAAGUAUGUCUCAGGAGACUAGAACUAACAUAGAUAUGAGCAGGAAGCCUAGUUUGGUACAGUUCAUCGUCCACCUUUGUCCUCCCAUAGAGAUGCCUGUUGUUGUUCAAUACAUAGAGGAGCCCAUACUUUGUUCUUGAAGGAUAGGAGAAAGGAAUAUCAUAUGAGAAUACAUGCAGCAGAGACCUGGUAGAAUUAUAUUUCUUCAAAUUUUGAUGUUACUCAUUGUAGGAUUAUAGGGAUUCAAAUUCUAAAUUUAUAUGCCAAUCCGAUCAUUACCUAGGCAUAUUUGUAAACAUUGAACUCAACUAGUUGUUUAACAAUUAUUUUUUAUGGCAUUUGAUUUUGUGA